GGUGUCAGGUGACCCGGCUCGUGCACGGUGCGGGUGUCGGGUGUGAGCGGUGAGGGGCGGGUGUGUGCGGCCUCCGGUCUCCUCUCUCUCCGCCUCUUCCUGUCCGCCCCGGCCGCUCCGUCCUCCCCAGUCCCGGCAGUCACAUCCCCGGAGCCCAGACAAAAGGACGGAGCCCGGAGAGCGGUAUGACCGAGCCAGGUCCAUGAUGUCUCGCUGCUCGGUGAGAGGCUGCAGGAGCGGUCCUGGGGGGACGGACAGCUCGGUCACCUUCCACCCCUUCCCAGCAGAGCGGGGGGCUGCGGAGAGGUGGGCUCGUCUGUGUGGGGUCUCCGACCAGGAAUGUUCUCAGCUCCUGAAGGAUCUGGAUCAUGGCGGCUCUGGGAGGUACCAGCUUUGUUCUCUGCACUUUGAGGAGCGAGCGUUCAAAACAAACCCAGAUGAUGAAACCUGCAAUGUGAGUCUGAGGCCGGGCGCGGAGCCAACGCUAUUACUGAGCCCAGCGCCGACCGUCCACAACAGCGACCAGGUUAACCCUUCCUCGCAAGCCGCACACUGUCCCCAGCGCCGGACUCCUCCCCCAGCGUCUUCGUGUUCCUCUUGCACAUGUGCUCGGUCCGAUCCCCAGACUUCUGAGCCGUCACAGGGUCCAGGCUGCCAAAAAUCAUCCAGAACAGAGUCCAGACCUCAGGUGUCACACUGCCCCUCAGGAGCCACAGUGGUCAGCCCGCAGCCCGGCGUCAGCCAGAUCGUUCUCAACUUCAGUGACCAAGGAAAGAGUCUUACCCUGGAGGAUGUGUCCACAGAGAGCGCCCCCCGCUGCCCGGGAGGAGGAUGCUGCUGCUGCUCUCAGAGGGUGGUCAAGCAGGUUGUUCUCAUCCUCUUGGAUCACACCCGGGAGUCUCCCUUAUGUUCCCGGUCAUCUCAGGAAUCAUCUCCGACCACAUUAAGUUCUAGCACCCAGACCGAAGAAAAAGAUGGAAGAUCCAAGAGCGAUUCCCCGAUGCAGCCAGACAGAGCUGUUCCCCGUCCCUCGUCCCCCUGCCAGACGUCACAUCAGGAAGCCGUCCACACCGGCACACAGACUGAGGAGCCCGACACAUGUAUGGAGGUCAGCGAGGUGCAGGGGUCACCAGAAGAGAUGGAGAGUUCUCCCAGCACCGAGGAGGUCCCAACCAGUCCAGGGGAGCAGAUCUGUACAUCACCAGCAUCCAGGUCAUGUGAUCUGGACCAGCAAACCCCAAAGUCCAUACAGGAGCCGAUGGAGUCUGAAACCUGCAGCCCUCAGAGCCAUGUGACCAGAAGACAAGACGACUCUACUCCUCCGCCCCCCGACAUAGUCCAACCGGCCCAUGAAGACCAAGAGUCAGAACAUGGAUCUGGUGUGGACGCUCAGGAUUCUGAUGACCAAGCACAAAGAGAUCUCAGGAAAUGUGACCCGGGUCCAGAGAAGCCGUCACUGCCGCCCCCGUGUCCUCACAUCCAGCCCUCAUGUAGACCGUUCUGCCUGGAUCCAUCUAUAAAGCAGUAUGUUGGAGAUCUGCUGGAGCAGUAUAAUGUGCCGUCCCCUCCGUGUAUCUCAGCCUCUGCCGCCUCCUCCGCCGCUCAGUGUUCCUGUAUCUCACCCCAGCGCCAUGUCAAGCAGAUUGUAGUUAACUUCGUGGAGCAGGAGAGGGCGGCGGUGAGUCAGGACGUCCCUGCUCCCUGUCCUGCACGUGAAUUAUCCUCCCCACUAGGACUUGCGUCCCGACAGCACCAGGAGACACAGACCUGCGAUGACUUUCUGCACCGAACGCCGCAGAGACAUAAAGAGAAACCAAAGAGUCCGCAUAGUCCUCCUCCAAGACCUCCAAAGAGUCAGAGCUGCCCCCCAUUACUCAUCACCACUGCAGCGUUAUCAUUAAGUCAGGAAGAAGAAGAGAGCCCAGCCCCCACUUUGAACACUGAGGUGAUACCUCAGGACAUGGGCGACGGCCUGGAGAGUAAGGUGACGUUUGAAGACGUGGCUGUGUAUUUCUCCAAGGAAGAAUGGGAAUUGCUCGGGAGCAGCGACAAGGAUCUGUACAGGGAGGUCAUGUCCGACAACUACCGGGCUCUCCUCUCUCUGGGGCUCCUGCAGGAGAAGCCUGACCUAGUGUUACGGAUCGAAAACGAAGAGGAGGAUCUCUGGGUUAUCCAGGAAUCCCAUAGAAGAAUCCGUCACCGCGAGGACGAGCUGCGCUUCCUAGAGCGGGAUAUGGACGGAGCGUGCAUUUUAGCGAAGGAUGAUGAUACGUCACCAUGUGGCGGACGAGAGUCUGUUGAGAGUAGCAGUCACCUCGGUGCCUUGAUGCGACUUGUGAAUGAGAUCCCUGGUUUCCUUUUGGGCAGCUCGGUCACAGACGGUAGCUGCUCACCUGCCCGCAGCACAGAGGAUCAUGGGAGCAGCAGGCCGUUCCUGGAGGUGAAAACAGAGGAACAUUCCCCGUCCUGUUCUCCGACCUCGUCCCAUUUACCUCUGAGCGAGACCCCGGAAAUCACGGCCAGUCCGGGGGUGCACAGGAUCACCGAGCAACGGAACAGCAAAAUCGUGACCAAAGCAGAGAAAGCAGAGGUCGCUGUGAGUCAGUCACCCCGGUACAGCGCGCCUGUCAGUCAUCUCCCUGUAUCGCUGUCCUGCGUCAAGAGCGACCCGGGCGGGAGCCAUGACGGUGUGCCCGGCCGGCUGCAGAUAAAACAGGAAGAGUUUUCUACUCACCCCCUGAUCGGACGGCACAGAGAGAUCCCUCCUAUGAAGCCCCUCAUUGCCCACCAUCCUAAGACCCCACCGUACAGCCCAGGACCCCGGGAUCAUGUGACUCCUGACUAUGGCAGCAGGAGACCUGGCUCUGGAGGUGGGACGUCACGGAGACGCUCGACCGGUGCCUCCCCCCGGAACCCCAGUGUCUCCCCCGCGUCUGCCAGUCCUGGAGCCAACUGCACCGGUCUGGGGGAUCUGAAGAUAAAGAUCAAACAAGAGGAUUCUGGGAGUGAGCGAGAGAUGGCGGAGUCCCCUGUGUACGGCAGAAAAGUGCAUCACUCCCCGGCGUCGUCCUCCUCCAUGUCAGCGCCGGCAGAGAGAGAGCACUGGAGGCUGGCGGCCUCUCCGCUGAGAUCCCCUGCAGAUGUACCCCCGGGGAGCUCCCCCUUACACAGACUGGCGAACUGCCUGAAGGAGAUCACUGCCAGCCGCCCCCGGCCUUACAGCAGCACAUUGUCCACCACCCGAUGGGGCGUAGAUAUGAGCAGAGUCUGUGCAGACCCCUCGGUCAGAUCACACAGGGAGCCCCCGGCCCCUCAGCCCAAUCCUUUCACUGUAGCGGUCACCAAUGGCGCAGCCCAGCACAGGGACGGUCAGAGUAUGCGGGCGAGCAGAGACGAGUUACAUAGGGGUAAUGUUCCUCUGUCGGCCCUGGGGAGGUGUCUGGAGAAGAUCCAGUCCCGUGUGUCCGGGGGGCAGAACAUGGCUGCAUCCCCCAACACUGCGGAGCUGGGGGUGAAGAGAACCCACUCUGACGAUCUGUCCUGUCGCCCUGGCGUAUUCGUGGGUGCAAAGAGGCCGGUUCUGAAAGCCUCCAGCUGCUCUCACGCAGUCAGCAGCUCCUCACCCGGCCACCGGGAUUUGUGGAGACCCCCAGAGGAGCUGCCCCGGGCCCCCAGUGAGGAUCAGCCUAUCGGAAACUCCCAUCUGAUGAGCGUCAUGAACUGUGUGAGGAAGAUCCCCGGCUGCCGGCCCAGUCCUUCCAUACAGGUCACCUCCACGCCAGACAGCGGUCGUGCAUGUGCACAAGGAGUCGUUGCCGAAACAAAAGGCGUAAAAGUCAAACAGGAGAAAGACGACAAUCCGCCGCCGGAGGCCUCCAGACAAUGGAUCCCGCCACCGCAGAGUCCUGACGCCUCCAAACAGCCAGGACCCUCGGCCACGAACAUCCACCUGACGGGGCUGAUGAGGCUGAUGGAGGAGAUCCCCUGCACCGAAUCCAGCAGCUCCUCCCGCACCAUGUACAGUAUCGCUGUCGGACACUCGCUGGCCAGGAGGAUGGACAGAUCCGGUUACCUCUGUAACGAUGACUCCAGUUUCCAGGCGGAGCUGAAUGACAGUACCAUAGCCUCGGUGGACUCUGUGUACAGCGAUGACACCAGCUUGUCCUCUGAAAACGUGGGCCCCUCGUAUUCGGCGAUCGGUGGGCUGCAGAGGGUGGUGAGCGAGUUUGCCGAAUUGGGGUCGGUCAGUCCUCUUGUGGCGGUUGCCGCUCCCCCCAUCUCCAGUGUCCAGGAAGGAAUUGGGCUGAAGAAACCUAAAGAGGCUUUGUCUGUCUCUGCAGCCUCCACCCCCCGGCUGAACGAGAGCGUCCGGCCUUCGCCCCGGGAUACUGUUGGGGUCACAUCCAGCGCCUGCUCUGCUGAGAACGGGGAAGCGGCCUUUGCUGCGCUUCGUGGCCUGCAGAAGGUCGUCCACGGAUUUGUGGAACAAGAGUGUGUGAGUCCCAUAAGUGCGGUCAGGAUCAGCACCCCCAAUGCCGGCCCGCGGGACUGUCCGGGGAGGAAAACCUGUCAGGACGAAGAAGCGGCAUCCCCCCAUCUCCAAGGCUUGUCUCCGGCACCGCUCAGCCGCUUUCUGUGUGACACCGGAAAAUGGCUUCCUGAACCGGACUCCUCCUACUCGGCACUCAGCGGUCUGCAGAAAGUGGUGAACGGCUUCUCGGAGAUGAGCUGCGUCAGCCCGUUCUCUGCCGUCAGCACCCCGGUCAGCGAGGUCACCGCAGAGGUCUCCGUCCAGCGGAGGAGCGAUUCCCAGACUCAAGACUGUGUCUCCUCGACCCUCAUCGGUCUGAAGAAUAUCAACGGGGCCCCUGAUACCGCCUGCCUGAGCCCCCUCACCGUAGCCAGUAACGUUUCCAGCGAGAGCGACGCCGCUCCGGCCGCAAAGAGGAGAUGUGAGCGCCGCGAUGACGGCCAUAACUCUGAACAUUCUGGCAGCUCGUCGACCUCCCGGGCCCCCAGCAGCCAUUGCAUCGACCUGACCCAGGAGGAGGAGCCGGUGUGCAGCAAGAACAAGAUGAGGAGGCCGAAGACCAGGGAAGCGCCCCCUCUCAGCCGAAACAAAGAAUUACCCAUCAGCCGGCCCGAGAAUCCCAGAGCCAGACCCUCCGGCAGCGGCCAGAACCCCUGUAACCAGCUGAUCGAUCUGACAGAAGAGGAUGAAACCCUGAGCAAAUCCAACGUAUCUAAUCCAGAAGCAGCCCGGAAACCGAGUCAUACAGGUCUCGCACUGAAUCCCCCUCUUCCUGAGCAGCACAGACCCCCUCUGAACUUACCGAAGGAUUUUAGUGGCAAACUGGACAAACCUCUGGAUCCGGGGGCAUCGGGCUCCAGCAGAGGGGCUGUUCCUGCCGUCAAUGAACAUCUUAGUGGUCUGGAGAAGCUCCUUAAAGGAGUCCCAACAUUUACCCCGGGGAGCAGACCCAGCGGGCAGCAGGCCUGGAGCGGGGGCUGGUGGUUCAAGAGUACAUCGCCUCAUGAAACUUGAAACCAUUUCCGCCAUUGACGAUGACCAGAAGUGACGGGAGCGGGAGAGAAGCGUCUUUGCAGCAGUGUUUAUUUGGGUCCGACCUUGCUCAGAACCAUAGGGCAACCUGCAAAAAAUACAAAAAACUGUGAAUCUGAGAAGGUUCUACAAAUACAUGCAAUAACCCGGAGACUGCGGAGGGUCGUAUGGAGGCGGAUGGGCCACAGUAGCUGCACGUAUGGAGAGUAAAGUGGUCAGGACAAGUCUCCAGUAAAGCCGGGGGCGCUCUCCGCACCAGGCACCCCGUAGUGGACUUGUCAGCUGUUCGUGAUACGGUAGUAAAUGGUUCUCGUGCAUCCGGCUUUUUCAGGGGUGAGACCUGUAGCGGAUAGUAACGGAUGUUGUCCCGGGGCCAAGUAAGUACUCACAGGUGCAGCCUCCACAGAUCCAUGUGUGGUUAAGGACAGGACCGUACAGUACCGGGAGCUGGGGAUAUGGGUGAGCCGUGCAGAGGCCAAACUACCCCAGCAGGGGGCGCUCCUGUAUCGGUGGGGAGGAAGAGCAGGCUGGACAGUAGCCGCAGAGACUCGCCAUCAUGGCCGAAUAUACUUGGAGCGAUUCAUGGUGUCUGUGUAAAUAGUGUAUAUUGGCGUCGGCAUGACAAUCCGCAGCGUGUAUAUAGACAUAUAUACCGCCCCUCACCCCGAGGAUACAGGGUCCUAAAGAGGGAAGGUUUACACUUCGUUAUUUUUUAUUUUAUUUUUCUAAAUAUUGUUAUUACGCGGAUGUUCCGCCCCUUUACCUUUUCUGAAAUCUACGAAUGCACCAAAUGAUGUAAGAUGGAUGAUGGGGGACGAUGGGGGUGGUUGUCCUCAGGACGUUACAGACAGGGUUAUAACGGAAAGUGCAAUCAGGCUGCAAAAUGCAUUAAACACGUUCUACCUCACACGAGCUCCUGU